CACCCUGUGUGAGGCUCAGAGCAGAGACACAGCAGCUCAGAGAUCAGAGGAAAUGGCAAAGCUGCACAACCCAACAGUGGGACUACUGCUGACUGUGCUGCUGCUACUGCAAGGUUCCAGAGGAGACUCUAUCACUGUGUUCUCCGGUGCUGGAGGUGCUGCCACUCUGUCCUGUGAGAAUGUGAUCUCACAUUACCCAGACUGCUCAUCAACUGUGUGGAUCUACAGCAGGAACACAGAGACUACUGUUAGAGUAGUCCAUCUUGGGAAGAUCAGACCAGACUACACACCCAGAGCUGAGAGACUGCGUCUGCUCUCUGACUGUUCUCUCCACAUCACUGAUGUCACCACUGAGGAUGCUGGAGUCUACACCUGUCGGCAGUACCAAAGUGAUGGAUCUCAAUAUGGACCUGAUACUCCAGUUUAUCUCUCUAUUCUUGCCAUUCACCCAGAAGUGACUGAGCGAGAGACUGGGAGUGAUGUGACCCUCAACUGCUCCCUGCACACCUAUGGAGACGAUGAAGACUGUUGGAGUUUACCUGGUCAUGAAAAUGUCCGUCUGAGCUGGGUGGAUGAGGAAGGGGCUGAACUGCAGAACACCAACAGCCUCCAGAUCAGUGGAGAUCGCCGCUGUUCCAUCAGACUGACCACUCCAAACCCCACUCACACUCAGAGCACAUGGAGAUGCCAGCUGACUGCAGGAGGGCAUGUUCACACUUCUGUCUCCCACACAGUCAGAGUGGCAGUGAACCCAACUACAACUCCAGUGGUGACGAGAGCACCUGCACCACCAACACCACUAGCACCACCACCACAACCAGCACCUACUCCACCACCAGCACCAGCACCAGCACCAACACCAACACCAACACCACCACCACCACCACCACAACCAGCACCUACUCCACCACCAGCACCACCACCAACACCAACACCACCAACACCACCACCAGCACCAUUACCAGCACCACCACCACCACCACCACAACCAGCACCACCAGCACCAGCACCAACUCCACAACUUCCGUCAACUCCACCCACAACAGCACCACCUCCUCCAUCUCCAGGUUCUCCAUCUGUCCUGGAGGCUGCCAUCAGACUCAGCAUCUUCUUCAUGGUGCUGAUUGUACCUGGACUCAUUGGAACUGUUCAUUUAGUGAAGAGGAGGAAGCAGACAAGUAGAGAGGAUCCCCCAGCCAUGCAGCUCCAGGUGCUGAACUGACCAGAUGACCUCAGGAGAGUGAUGAUGUCAUUAUCCAUGCACCUUUUACAUAAUGUGGUGCUUUGCAAAGGGAAUUGAAGUUCAGUUUGAAAAUGUGCCUCUUAAUUCUUCUUCUUUCAUAUGAAAAGGAACAUCCUGAUUGUGCUAUAUGGCUGUGUGUCUAUAAUAUAAAGUUCAACAGUCUCGCCCCUCCUCCUAACUUUUGGCGUCUAUAUGAGCAUGUCCAAUCGCUUUGUCAUGUUGUAGCUAGUUUUAAGCUUUUCAGAAUUCAGUCUGUGAAGACUACUUCGGUCCAGCUGUUCAGAAUUCAGUCUGUGAAGACUACUUACUGUAGGUCCAGCUGUUCAGAAUCCAUUCUGUGAAGACUACUUACUGUAGGUCCAGCUGUUCAGAAUUCAGUCUGUGAAGACUACUUGCUGUAGGUCCAGCUUUUCAGAAUUCAGUCUGUGAAGACUACUUACUGUAGGUCCAGCUGUUCAGAAUUCAGUCUGUGAAGACUACUUACUGUAGGUCCAGCUGUUCAGAAUUCAGUCUGUGAAGACUACUUACUGUAGGUCCAGCUGUUCAGAAUUCAGUCUGGGAUGGUCCAGCACCAAUAUUGAUUAUGAGCUUACAGUUGAUUGACCGUUUCAGAUUUCCAAAAGGCUUCAUGCCUAUGCCACCUAGAACAUUUUAUAAGGCCAGCAAUUUACAUACCUAAACCAGUGGAAAGGUGUCAUAUUGAAAAAAAGCUUUUGUAAUUAGCAGCAGCACACCCGUUUAUUCAUACAGUGAACUAGAAAGCCACUAGAAAGCUGUUUUUCAGCUGCCAUUUAGUCUCAGUUCUCGUCACCCUGACAAGGACCAUUUCUGAAGUCUAACUAUAUUUUCCAAAGGAGAUAAAAUUCUAUUCUGCUUGUGUCUGAUAUCAUUUUAAAAGUGUCCAUACAUACAGUCGGCAACUAGUCAUAAUCGUGGUUACCGCCCCCAGUUGCCGUGGUUACCGUGGCUGAAAAGCCCCCGAGGGGGAAAACAUUUGUUUCGAUUGCAUGUAAUCUAAUGGAGGUGCACCGGCUUGAGUACAGAAAGCACCUAUAACAAUUAGGGCUGUAAAAAUUAAUCUAAUUACAU